AAAGCUCUAUAUAAGAUCCAGGCACCCGGCGAGCUCGCGCCCGCUGCCAAUCGGGAGUAAAAUAUCGCCCAUUCCGCCGUCGAGAUGGCCCACCGCAGCCUCUUCCUCCUCCUCGCCGUCCUCACCCUCGCCGCCACCGCCGCGGCCUCCUCCUUCUCUGACUCCAAGCUGAUCCGCCCCGUCACCGACCGCGCGGCCUCCGCGCUCGAGUCCACCGUCCUCGCCGCUCUCGGCCGCACCCGCGACGCCCUCCGCUUCGCCCGCUUCGCUGUCCGGUACGGCAAGAGCUACGAGAGCGCGGAGGAGGUGCAGCGGCGGUUCCGGAUCUUCUCCGAGAGCCUCGAGCUCAUCCGCUCCACCAACCGCAGGGGCCUCCCCUACCGCCUCGGCAUCAACCGCUUCGCGGACAUGAGCUGGGAGGAAUUCCACUCGACCCGGCUCGGCGCAGCGCAGAAUUGCUCGGCGACGCUCGCCGGCAACCACCGGAUGCUGGACGCUGUCGCGCUCCCGGAGACUAAAGACUGGAGGGAGGAUGGGAUCGUGAGCCCUGUGAAAAACCAGGGCCACUGCGGGUCCUGCUGGACCUUCAGCACUACUGGUGCACUUGAGGCAGCAUAUACCCAGGCAACUGGAAAGCCCAUCUCUCUUUCUGAGCAACAGCUUGUUGAUUGCGCUGCUGCAUACAACAAUUUCGGAUGCAACGGAGGCCUUCCGUCCCAGGCCUUUGAGUACAUCAAAUACAAUGGCGGCCUUGACACUGAGGAAGCUUACCCUUACCAGGGUGUCAAUGGCAUUUGUCAUUACAAGCCUGAAAAUGUUGGAGUCAAGGUUGUAGACUCAGUUAACAUCACUCUGGGUGCUGAGGAUGAACUGAAGAAUGCCGUCGGACUGGUUCGCCCAGUCAGUGUUGCCUUUCAGGUGAUCAGCGGUUUCAGGCUGUACAAGAGCGGAGUUUACACCAGUGACCACUGUGGAACGACACCCAUGGAUGUGAACCACGCCGUUCUGGCUGUUGGCUAUGGCGUCGAAAAUGGGGUUCCCUAUUGGCUCAUCAAGAACUCAUGGGGCGCGGACUGGGGUGAUAAUGGUUACUUCAAGAUGGAACUUGGCAAGAACAUGUGCGGUGUUGCUACUUGUGCAUCCUACCCUGUUGUCGCAGCAUGAGACGCACAUGGAUUUUUCCAUGUCCUCUGGCUUUGCUUGGCAUCAAUAAAACAUGUCUAGCCUGAGCUUGGAGAUGGGUCAUACUGAGACUUUGUUGUGAAUAGAAAAUCAUAAAGGAAAUGAAUAAGCCCCUGCUUGUACUCUCUCCCGCAUGGUUGUGUAAUUAGAUUGGCGAAUUGGUGUUUCACCGUAGUUCUACGGGUCUAAGACACUGUUAUUUAUGAGACAGCAUAGCCAUUCAUGGUGCAGCCCGGAACAUUCUAUCAGAAAAUAAUGUAUUAUAUGCAGAUUA